AUGGGAGGGAUAGAUCGACAGCGGAGGGUAUCCCUGGCUCUUACCUUGAACUUCCUCGCGCUGAUUCUAGCCGUGUCUGCGUUGACUACCAGCUACUGGUGCGAGGGGACACGGAAAGUUGCAAAACCUUUCUGUACCGGACCGGUCACCACGAAACAGUCGUUCUGUAUCAGGUUCAACAGCUCGAACAUUAACGACAGCAGACUGGUCCAGUACAUCUGGGAGUCCGGCGAGGACAAGUACAUUAUGAGGAAGUUCCACACCGGGAUCUGGUUUUCGUGCGAGGAGAACGUCAAUAUGACAGGUGAAAUCUGCAGAAGUUUCAUUUAUGUCACACCCUCACAUGAAAGAGGAGUGCUGUGGCUGUGUAUCGUUUCAGAAUGUGUGUAUAUUCUCCUUCUGGCCACCGGAGGCAUCCUCAUGUCCAUAGAGGCGUGUCACUUAGGAAACGUCAUCGACGGCCUCAAACUCAACGCCUUCGCUGCCAUAUUCACUGUCCUGUCAGGUCUACUCGGCAUGGUGGCCCACAUGAUGUUCACUACAGCCUUCCAGCUGACAGUCAGUGUGGGGCCAGAGGACUGGAAGCCUCAGACAUGGGACUACAGCUGGUCAUACAUCCUGGCGUGGAGCUCGUUCACAGCUUGCAUGGCCUCCUCGGUCACCAUCAUCAACCGCUACACCAAGACCAUCCUGGAGUUCAAACACAAGCGCAGAAACAUCGAGAAGAACCUGAAGAUCAAGCAGAAGCUUCUGGAGCUGGACUCUGGACCAGGGGUUGGGGUGGGACAAGUUGGACAUGUGGAACAGGUGUGGGACAUGUACAUCAGCUCAGUACCCAGCUCAGGCUGCACAGCAGAGGAAUUGCUGGACUUGUCCAGUAAUGGAAGGAAGCUGUCCAAUGCUUCAGUGUUUCUGGACCUGAAUGACCUGCCGGAUCCACAAAGAGAGGAGUACUGCUGA